UCCAGCCUACGUGCAGACAGGCAUGAGCAUUCCCUGGUAAAAGAGGAAGUUUCUUGAUCCAUUCAAAACAAGACCAGUCUCCAGCCGGAUCCGGUGGAGGUGAUGAUGCUCCUAAAGAGCCUGUGUCUGGCCUUGCUCCUCUCGGCCCUGGUGGAUGCUCAGUAUGAGAAGUACAGCUUUAAAAGUUUCCCCCAGAAGGACAUCAUGCCUCUGGACUCCACGUACGGAUACGCGCUGGAGCAGUACGCGGCGCAGAACUGGGCAGAAAGCAUCAAGUUCCUGGAGCUCAGCCUGCGUCUCCACCGGCUGCUGCGGGACAGCGAGGCGUACUGUAGCCGCAACUGCAGCUCCGUUAGCCGGGACAACGACACCCAGCUCGUGGAUAACACUCUCCGCGUCGUGCGCCAUAUCCUGCUGAGAGCUGCGUGCCUUAAAAAGUGCAAAGCGGAGUUUCCAGUGUUUAAACUCUCCUACCCAAACAGAGACACACUGGAAACUUUCGAGAAAAGGGUGCCGUAUCGGUACAUACAGUAUGCGCACUACCAGCUCAACAACCUAGAGAAGGCUGUAGCAGCAGCCCACACCUUCCUGAAGAAGAACCCGACUGAUCCAUCGCUGACCAAGAACAUGAACUACUACAAGACGCUAUUUGAUGUGGAAGAAUAUCUCAUCGACCACGAGGAGCAGCCCUAUGAGAGUAUUUUCCUGAAGAGUGUGAUGCUUUACAAUAACGGAGACUUCAGCAGCAGCGCUCGAAACAUGGAGCAGGCCAUCACACAGUACUUUGAAAUAUACAGUAGCUGCUUGGCAGGCUGUGAGGGCUCAUAUGAGAUUGUAGAGUUCAAAGACUUCUAUCCCACCCUGGCAGAUCUCUACGUUGAAGUGCUGAAAUGUAAGGUCAAAUGUGAAGAGCACCUGACACCAAGCGUCGGAGGCUUUUUUGUGGAGAAGUUUGUAGCCACCAUGUAUCACUACCUCCAGUUUUCCUAUUAUAAAUUGAAUGAUGUAAAGAACGCUGCUCCGUGUGCAGCCAGCUACAUGCUGUUUGACAAAAAAGACCAGGUGAUGCAACAAAACGUAGCGUACUAUCGCUUCUACCGGGAGCAGUGGGGACUCGAAGAAAGUGACUUUCAGCCUCGGCCUGAGGCUCUGAGGUAUUUUAACGAGACAACCAAGCAGAAGGAGAUGCUGGAGUUUGCACUGAACUACCUGCAAACAGAAGAUGAGGGUGUGGUAAGUCCAGAAGAAAUUGGCAUCUCUCAAUCAGAGAAUCCUGACUCUGAGUUCGAGGGCUUAGGGGACUACGAGGAGUCUUUCGUGGCUGAGUGGUGGCAAGAACCCAAAACGAAAUGGGACACCGGAGAGGUCACAGACUGACAUCUGUCAUUGUCUCCUGUGCAGAACGCUUCCUCAUCCAGUUCUGUCCCACCACGACAACAUACCAAAGGAUGUUGACCACCCUACAGACAGACAUUCCCAACAGUAUUUAGCAGAAAAAGCACAACUCACAGCUGUGUAUUUUCAACAAGCAACUUAUCCAUCAUGUUGAUCGAGAUCAGAGAUUGACAUAUUCUGUCUUGGCUGUCAUCAGCCUUUUAAAACUUUGCUUUUUUUAUAGUCAUUGGCCUUUAUGCCAAUACUCGUUAAUGACUUUUCUACAGUUUCUAUUUAAUGAAAGCCUCUGUGCCAUGGUAUGAGGAAGCUGACAUGUAGCUUUUCUUAUGUUCAGCGAUUUGUCAGCCACCAGUUGGGUUGUUGUUGUUGUUGUUGUUGUAAUAAUGUGCUCAUGAUUAAAGUAAUAUUUUAAUAUA